GCUUGGAUUAUUCCUGCAAGCAUUCGGUAUUCGUUCUUGUAUUCUCAACGCCCAGAUGCCUGUGAACAGUCGUUGUCAUGUGGUGGACGAAUUCAACGAAGGGCGCUAUUCAUAUGUAAUUGCCUCCGACAUAAAUGAUGUUUCGGGGCAAAGUCAGGGAAUGAUCAAAGAUGAAGGAGAUGAGCAAAAAGCAUUCGAAUGCAAGAAAAAAUUGAGGAAAAAACGGAAAUAUAUGGAUAAAGAAUCAGGAGUUGCUCGUGGCAUUGACUUUCAUCAUGUUGCAAAUGUUAUAAAUUUCGAUUUUCCCACAUCUGUAACCUCAUAUAUACAUCGCGUUGGCAGGUAUCUAUCAUUUUGA